CCAAGAGGAAAUGACUGGGCGGGUCUUGGUCCCCGCCCGCCAGCGCUCCCCUGGCCACACCCUCCGCCUGGACGCAGCCACCACCGCUGCCCUGUCUCCACGAGGCUGCCGGCCCGGACCCGGCUCGGACAUGUCGCCCUCUGGUUGUCUGUGCCUCCUCACCAUCUUCGGCCUCAUUCUCCCCACCAGAGGACAGACAUCGAAGGAGGCCACAUCCACUUCUCUAGCAGACCCAACUACUGAGGAGAUUCGGGUGCAGACUGAAGCCCCAGGCACAGACCACACGGAGCUCCAGCCCACCCCUCAGACCUCAACCCUGCCGGCCGGUGAAACGACGCUGCCGAAGGAGGUGGAAACGGAGACCCAGACCCAGCCACUGCCGGGGCCCGAGGCGCAUCCAACCACAGUCCGGGGGACGGACAGGAGCCGCACGGAAGGCACCACUCUCUCCAAGAGACGAACCCCCGGCAACGAUGUGAGGACGGACCCUGCCCUCCAGCCAGCAGCUUCCAGUGAGGACGACCCCUUCUUCUAUGACGAGGACACUCUCCGGAAGCGGGGGCUCCUGGUUGCGGCUGUGCUGUUUAUCACGGGCAUCGUCAUCCUCACCAGUGGCAAAUGCAGGCAGUUGCCCCGCUUGUGCCGGAAUUAUAACAGGUGAGUCCAUCGGAAGCGGGGCCAACGACCGAUGGGCACCCGGAGACCAGCCCCGCGGCUGCCUCCCCUGCACAGAGCCUGCGCAAUGGUCAGGAAUGGCCAGCUGAGAGGGACGACAUGACAGCCGAGCCCCUGACCCCUGCCCUGCCCACCCUGAAGGCAGCCGGUCCCUGGCGCGGCCCCAAGUGAUCUGUUCUCUCCCCAUGACAAGUAAAGCACUGUGGUCCUGCCCCCUGA